UGUUUUUCCGUCCUGACUCUCGCCCACGGUUACGAGAGAAAUGGUAGCUUUCUCAAUCAAUAGAUCGAAAUUAGUGGGUGGCGGAAAACUCAGCAGCUUCCCCACAUCGGACCAGACAACCGUGUUGCUGUGGUACCACGAGCCAAGUUGCCGUGAUACACAGAGCUCUGUACUCAGUCUGAUUGACAAUGGGCGAAUCAAUCUUGGACUCUUCUCCAGCGUCAACGCUAGAGAGACGGCCAGAGUCGUGAGUGGCCCAGCCCUGUCGCGGAGGCAGCCAAAUGUGGCUCAAGAGGGCGAGGGUCAGCCACACCGGCGGUGGGCUGAUUUUAGUGGCAGAGCGAAGCACAAAUCACCAUUUGAGCCGGCGAAGAUCGGCCCCAUCGCGUCGAUCCCCUGCAUCCUGUCGGUCAAGGGCCCUAUGCCAGUCUCUGCCCACUUCCUGGCCUUGCUUGGCCUGCCGGCAUUCACAUCUUGGGCAUCCAGCAUCCCCCUCCUCACUGACGUAGGUGGUGUGACGAAACUUGGCCUUAGCAUCUCUCUGUCGUCGGAUCUAGAAAAGUGAGAAAAGGCCCUUCUCCCUAGUUCGGUUAGCAAAAGAAAAACUUAAUCGACUGGAGCUUGGGAUUGUUGAGGGAAAGUGGGAUCAACAACCGGGGGUAUCUCCAAAUCCCUAGAUCCUCAGCCACUCGGCGCAAGCGAGGGUUUUUCCCUUCAGCCUAUGAGAGGCACGCAGGGGAUACAGUGGAUUCGAGUUGAG